CUCCUUAGUGGAAAGGCUGGACAACCUGUUCCAACCCCUUUGCAGUCUGUUCCAUGGCCAUCUCGUCCAUGGGAGCACCUUCAACUAGACAUUUGUGGGGAAAUUCAUGGUCGCGGCAUCCCCCAUCACCAGCGCUUUCUGGUGGUUGUUUCAUGAGUUCGCCUGUGCAGAUAAUAAUGAUAGCAGGGGUAGGUAAGGUAUGCGUAUAUGGAGUGCUGUCCGGGGAGUGGUCGGAAAUGGCCCGAACCCAGAGUUUACCCCCCAGGGUCCUGCUGGAGAAAGCGAGUUCAGGAAGAGGAGCCGUGGAGGUGGAGGGAUGUUGAAUUACUUGUAGAGAUGGCGCAGGCGGAGCAACGUUUUGAUGACAUUGGAAAUCACUGUAAGCAUCUAACUGUUACAGCUGAAGAUCAGUGUCAAGAGCAAACAUCAGUUGAGGUUAACUGGGAUUCAUCAGUCUGUUGUCACCGAGAAUAUGCCAAGGUCCAAAAGAAACACGAGCAGCAAAAUCCAAAAAGGAAAAACGAAUACAAAAUACAAAAAACAAAAAGACCACAGCAAGGAGAGUGAUGGGACCACAGCAAGUGUUGCUUGUCAUAUUAAAAAGAACAUGAGUAGUAAAAUGAAAGACGCACCCAAUGCAAAUAUACCCAUCUUUAAACUCCACCUGGAUGAAACAUGGAAGAACAGUGAUGGACACUGCAGAAGAAGCACAUUUGGAAAAGACAACGCAAAGAAGAACAAGACCAUUAUGAUGAUUGGAGCCACAGGUGCAGGAAAAACCACUUUAAUCAACAGUAUGAUCAACUUCAUUCUGGGUGUGAAAUGGGAAGAUGACUUCCGCUUUAUAUUAAUAGAUGAAGGGAAGCAGAAAUCCCAGGCUGAAAGUCAGACAUCGGCCAUCACGGCAUAUAAAAUUAAUUACAUGAAUGGUUUCCAGGUCCCAUAUAGUCUGACCAUUGUGGACACACCAGGCUUCGGUGAUACCAGAGGAAUUUCACACGACCAGAAAAUCACAAAGCAGAUUCAUGAGUUCUUUUCUCAACCCGGAGGGAUCGAUCACAUUGAUGCCGUGUGUUUUGUAGUACAGGCCUCACUGGCCCGUUUGACGCACACACAGAAAUACAUCUUUGACUCCAUUCUUUCCAUAUUUGGGAAGGAUAUUGCUGAAAACAUCCUUAUUCUGGUCACAUUUGCCGAUGGGAACAGACCUCCUGUUCUUGAGUCGAUCAAAUCUUCCCAGGUGCCGUGUUCCACGGAUAAGUCUGGAGAGCCACUUUACUUCAGAUUUAAUAACUCUGCAUUGUUUAUUACUAAUAAUAAAACUGAGGAAGCUGAGGAGGAUUUUGGAAACUUUGAUCAAAUGUUCUGGAAGCUGGGAAAUUCUAGCUUGAGAAACUUUUUAAAAUCCCUUGAGCAGAUGAAAACAAAGAGCUUGUCUUUGACAAAAGAGGUCCUAAAAGAGCGUCAACAGCUAGAAAUGCUUGUGGAAGGUCUCCAGCCCCAGAUCAAUGCUGGCCUGACAAAACUGGAUGAAAUACGGAAGACAAAUGCUGUUUUGGAACAGCACAAGUCUGAAAUGGAUGCAAACAAGGACUUUGAAUACGAAGUAGAAGUAACUGUUCCAAAACAAGUCAAGAACAAACCAGGCUCAUACCUGACCAACUGCCAAGUAUGUUAUUAUACAUGUCAUGAUACAUGUAGUUAUGCAGAUGACAAGGACAAAAUAAAGUGCUGUGCCAUGGAAGAUGGAAAGUGUCAGGUCUGUCCUGGAAAGUGUGUUUGGAAUGUUCACUUUAAUCAAGCAUAUAAAUGGGACUAUGUCACAGAGAAGAAAAAAGAAACAUAUCAAGAGUUAAAAAGGCGAUAUGAGGAAGCACACGGCGAAGUCAUGUCAAAAGAACAGAUCUUUCAAAAGCUUGAAAAGGAGUUUGAGGAUGUGCAGAUUAUUGUGUUCCAACUCAUUGAAAACUCCCAAAACUCCUUGGAGCGACUGCAAGAAAUUGCGCUCAAACCGAACCCUCUUUCCGCACCUGACUAUAUAGACCUGAUGAUUGAAGCGGAGAAACAAGAAGCCAAGCCUGGAUUUCAAGAUCGCAUCCAGUCUUUAAUGAAAGUCAGGAGUAAGGCAGAAAUUAUGAGUAAAGUUUCCAGUGGUGAAGUGCUCCCAGAGGAUUGGACAAGGCAUGCACUAGAGAAAGAGAAAAGCUCAGGCAGGUCCUACAAUCCCACGGUGCUGUUCAAUCGUGUGGUAUGUUAUGUUGAGGAGAAAGUGAGUCAGUGGACAAAGUCUUAAUUUAAAUUUGUAAUGCACUGUACUUAAGUAAAAUAUAAUGACACUAUAUUACAAAGUAGUAGUAUAGCAAAUAUGUACUGUGCAUUCUGAAAUGAUCACAACAGUUUUAUUGAAUCAUUUGAAUAUGUUGUUUUAGAAUUGUCAAACUUCCAUUGUAGAUGAAGUAUGUAUGAUGUUUUUGUAGUAAAUUCAAUCCCUGUGAUAUAUGCAAAUAGUGAUAUUAAGCAAAUGGUGUGUUGCAUCUAUAGCCAAUCAAUACAUAUAAAAUGUAUACUUAUUUUCUUUCCCUUUUAUUGAUUUUAAUAAGAAACUUUCAUUAACGUUUAGACAAAAGUGCCUCCUUCAAAUCUUCAUGUAAACUGGACAGAAUUGUAAGAAAUCAAAUUCCCAUUUGGAUAAAUAACGACCCAUUGUCAAGGAUGAGCGGUUAUUUUAUUUAGUGCUGUUAGCCACAGACGUGCUGUACACAACAUUUGAGAAGCAAACAUCACUGUAAACAGCGGAGAAGCUCCUUUCCACCACUGCGCAAUCGAAGUUCAAUCUUAAAUUUUAUAACAGUAAACAUUUUGAACAUGCAACAGCACGUUUAAAGCCCAUGCUAGUACAACCUAUGCUAGCAUUAUUUAUUUAACUACAUAAGCGGUUUUUGCUGUUGUACUUUUGCUAAAAUUAGUGUGUUGAGAUGUUAUAAGAAGUAUGCAACUGUGACACAUUAAAGAAAUCUCAGAAAAUCCACGAUUGUAAAUUCUGUAUUAAACUGUGGUUAUGUAACUUUUUCAUUUGCAAAAACCAAAUAAAGCAGUUCAACGGUUUAUUUAAGGACAGAAAAGAUAGUGGUUAUUAUUUUUUAUUAUGACAACAGUGUGUUGUUAUAACUAUCAGGCAUAUGCAGUCGCUUUAGAUUCGCGAAAAAAAAUGAUCCUGAACCCCUGUGAUCCUAAAAACAAGAUGUUUAAAUGAUUACUUUAAAUUUAAUCUAAUGAUUACUUUAAUAUGUCCUGUAUUUGGCCCAUUCUCUGCUU